GGCAAUGGCUGAUUCGUAGAUUUGUACCUCUCUCUCUCUUCUCCAUCAGUUUUGGGACAAGAUAAACACAGUACAUGAGUAGUAUUAUAGUAAAUUAUUGCUUUCAAUUCCAAAAAAUAAAUAAAGGGUUUCAGUCUGAAUCAGAUAUAUAGAUAGAGAGUGGUAAAAGCUUCCAUCUUCUUCUUCCAUUUAGCUUUGACUACUCUCUCUCUCUCUCUCUACAUCUAUCACACUUAAGGAAGAUGCCCCUCUUCAUUUCUUUCUCAACCCUUGAAACCAUUUUGUUGCCGGAGCAAAACCCACAAGUUCAUUUCUGAUCAUUCACCUACUGGAGGAAGAACCACACAAUAAGAACUGGGGGAAAGGAAACUCAGUGGAGUCAAAAGUUCGUGGUUUAAAUGAUGGCUUAAUCUACUACUACUACUUCUACUACUACUACUAUUCAUUUAAGUGUAAAUUUAUCUGCUUAUUAUCCAGAGAAAACUGCAGAUAUGGAGGAGAGUAAAGGAUCAUUAACAGAUUCUGAAAAGAAACAUCCUAUUAGUUCUCUUACUGAUAAACUAUCAGAUUUGAAUAUGAAUAGUAGUGAUGCAGAAAGGAAAUCUUCUCAACAUGGAAAAGUAAGCGAUGGGAGUGGGAAUAAGAAGUCUAGUGAUCGUAGCUUUCUGGAUCUGGUGGAGAGUGCUAAGAGCAGUAUGUGUAGAGGAAGCACUAGCACAGAUGCUAGCGAAGAAAGCACUUGUAGCAACUUUAGUAGCAGCAUCAACAAGCCACAUAAAGCUAAUGAUAUGAGAUGGGAAGCUAUUCAAUUGGUUCGAAAUAGAGAUGGGAAUUUGGGAUUGAGCCAUUUCAGGCUCUUGAAGAAAUUGGGUUGUGGUGACAUUGGAAGCGUUUAUCUAGCUGAGUUGAGUGGGGCUAAGUGUUACUUCGCCAUGAAAGUUAUGGAUAAAGCUUCUCUAGCUAGUCGAAAGAAACUCUCCCGUUCUCAGACUGAACGGGAGAUUCUUCAGAUGUUGGAUCAUCCCUUCCUUCCAACUCUUUACACUCAUUUUGAAUCAGACAAGUUCUCUUGUCUUGUAAUGGAGUUUUGCCCAGGUGGAGAUUUGCACACUCUCCGACAAAUGCAGUCCGGGAAACACUUCACCGAGCAAGCUGUGAAAUUUUAUGUUGCGGAAAUCCUCCUAGCACUCGAGUAUCUACACAUGCUGGGGAUUGUCUAUCGCGAUCUCAAGCCAGAAAACGUGCUCGUGAGAGAGGAUGGUCACAUAAUGCUAUCGGAUUUUGAUCUUUCCCUCCGUUGUGCAGUCAGCCCGACGCUUCUGAAAAUGUCUUCUGUUGAAUCCAAUUCUCUUCAAAAGAAUUCCGGUUAUUGUGUUCAACCUGCUUGCAUUCAACCGUCUUGUAUCCAACCGUCUUGUGUGGUUCCCACGACAUGUUUCUCUCCGCGGUUCUUCUCCAGCAAGUCUAAGAAGGAGCGAAAGGCAAAAAACGACAUAGGAAACCAGGUGACACCACUUCCCGAGCUGAUUGCAGAGCCAACGGGUACUAAAUCUAUGUCGUUUGUUGGCACCCAUGAAUACUUGGCACCUGAAAUCAUCAAAGGAGAGGGACAUGGUAGUGCUGUUGAUUGGUGGACUCUGGGGAUCUUUCUUUACGAACUAUUUUUUGGUAAAACACCUUUCAAAGGAUCUGGAAAUCGCGCCACUUUGUUUAACGUGGUUGGACAGCCUCUCAGAUUUCCGGAGUCUCCAGUUGUGAGUUUUGGUGCAAGGGAUCUUAUUAGGGGUUUGCUUGUUAAGGAACCACAGAAUAGACUGGCUUACAAAAAGGGUGCUACUGAGAUUAAACAGCAUCCUUUCUUUGAAGGUGUUAACUGGGCACUGAUUCGAUGUGCGACUCCGCCUGAAAUUCCAAAACCAGUCGACUUUGAGCGACUGUCGGCUCCUCCUACUCCGGCUCAGGGUCACGCUCAAGCGCCAGCUCCGGUUGAAAAGAAACCAAUGGUGGUGGUUGCGGUUGCUGCUCCUCCUCCUUCUGCUGCUCCGGCUGCUGCUCAGAAGAAUGGAGAUAACUAUCUGGAGUUUGAUUUCUUCUAGGGAAGAAGAAGCAUUUCAUUUGUGUAUAUUUUUAUUAAUUUCGUCAGCAUUUUUGUCUAGAUGAUGUUUUUCCGUUUCUUGAUAUUUAUUAUUAUGUUCUCUAGUAACAAUGAUGCCUGCGAAAACUUGAAUGUUUGGACUGUUAGUGUCUUUUGUC